CAAAUCUUAAAGGGUCGGGAGCUCAGGCAGACGGGAGGUCGCAGCGGUAGCUGCGAACCGCCGGGUGGUGGGUGUCAUGUGGUCCCAUGUGGGUUUCCUUUAGAUUUCUCUAAUAUUCAUAUCCUAGUCUAGGCUGAUGGAGCCCACACGUGACCAUCCAUUGUUCGGGGGAGCUUUCUCUGCCACCCUCCCUCCCGGGGCCAUUGACGUAAGUGACCUCCGGCCGAUCCCAGACAAUCAAGAAGUUUUCUGCCAUCGCGUGACGGACCAAAGCCUGAUAGUGGAGCUUCUGGAGUUGCAGGCCCACGUGCAAGGAGAAGCGGCUGCGCGGUACCACUUCGAGGAUGUUGGAGGGGUGCAGGGUGCAAGGGCUGUGCAAGUGGACACUGUGCAACCCCUCCUUUUGGAAAACCUGGCCCUGAGGGACUGCUGUCAAGAAGCCUGGGUACUGUCUGGCAAACAGCAGGUAGCUAAAGAAAACCAGCAGGCAACAAAGAAUGUGACACUGCACCAGGCCUUGCUGCGGCUGCCCCAGUACCAGACUGAUCUUCUGCUCACCUUCAAUCAGCCCCCCCCUGACAAUAGGUCAUCUCUUGGCCCUGAAAAUCUGUCACCUCUGCCCUGGAGUCUGGGCGACUUUGAACAGCUCGUGGCCAGUCUGACCCUUCAUGAUCCCAACAUCUUUGGUCCUCAGUAAAGACGGUGAAACACUGCAUGGUGCUGCUGGAGAUUUGGGGACCCUCAUCUGCAAGGGGGACAAAGGGUUGAAUGUAUUCUCCUGAGUCCCUAUGCAUAAACGUAAGACACAACCUCUCUGAAGAAAUAAACUUUAUAACCAAUAUAA